AUGUCCAAUGAAACCGAAACCCAAGAUACUACGCCAGAUAGUACCGAAUGGCCUACUCUACCACCCCAAGGGACACAUCCCUCAAAUCAGCCUCCUCCCCGCCACGAAAACAAUCAGUCUCAUUCGGGCUCAUUGCCCCCUGUGAUCAGGGGCUGGUAUGCCCCACCAGCCCCGUGGCAGGUGCAACCCAACUGUCCAGCAACGCCAACGCCUAGUCAAAUGACUGGUCAAACUGCUGGUCAAACACCAAGUCAAACUGCUGGUCACACUCCGAUUCAAAUUUUUGAUCAAACGUCGGCUCUAACUGCUGGUCAGACACCCAGCAAAAUCUCGAGAGCUUCGCCUCUUUCGACUGAAGAUGACCUCCAGUUACUAUGCAUUGCCGUCCACUAUAAAAGUCGUUUUACCAAUAUGAAAGGCAAUGCAUCUCUUUAUGAGUCAAUUGCAGAAACAUGGAGGGCCGAUACUGGGCGAAAUAUCAGUCACCAAACGGUUCAUAAACAUGUCACUGAUAGGCUUAAAGAGCAUGCCGCUAUACUCGCCAUACCGGAAGCUGGGCGGGCUAGAAUGAACGCUACCGAAGCUGCGAUUUUCGACUAUGCAAAUGAGAUACACGAAGUGCUACAACAAAACUUAAGAGCACACGAACGACGAAAGAUGCUCGCUAGUGCAGCUCCCAAACCUCGGGACUAUAUACGAUCCAUGGAGGAUGGUAUAGCCGAUGGCUUGGUGCGCCGAGCAAGGGAUAAAAGGCAUAGAAAUCCGGUAAAUUCUACGCGGGAAGAAGCAAGUGGGCGUCCAACAGCUCGGCCACGAAUCCGACCUCCCUCGCCACCGACUUCAUCGCAAUCACUACAAGCAGAAAUGGCCAUAUUUCUUCAUAGGUUGAAUAGUCAAGCGGCCAGCGAGGCCGCGGCCAGCGAGGCCUCAGCCGCAGCUAGCAGGUCAGAUAUCACUAGGUUGGAACGCCGAAUCGAUAGUAUGGCUGCUACUAUGGACGGGAUGAUGAGCUUGCUCAGAACUCUUGCGCAGAGACAGCCGGGGUCCAACUAA